AUGACAGACGGCAACCAAUCCGAUACACCUGAAAGCAGCACCAGCAGUGCAACUCGACUGAUAAGAACGAUUCAAUCUUUUCAAACUAAGCUGAGUGCUCGGAUCAAGCAGUUGAGGAAAGGGAUAUGGAUCAAAAUUUUCUUUUUCUUGGUAGGAUUCUACUCUGCUACAGCAUUUGCAACAGUGAUCGGGCAAACCGGCGACUGGGACAUUCUUUCUGCUGGCUUUGCUGUUGUCGUGGUGGAGGGGAUCGGUGCCCUCAUGUACAGAGCUUCACUUACCUUUCUCGACAAGUUCAAGAGCCUAAUCACCGUCUUCAAUUACUGGAAGGCCGGGCUUUCCCUGGGAUUGUUCUUGGACGCGUUCAAGUAUGAAAUCGAAUCGUGUAUCGAAUCAUGUAAGCCAUCCAAUUUUGAAAUCGAUAUAUUCCCCGCGAUAUGGUAG